UCGAGGGAGACAGAGACGGACGUUGAGAGAACGAGGAGGAGGAAGGAGAGAAAAUGGCGUCCAUGGACUAUAGUACCUACAGUCAAGCUGCAGCCCAGCAGGGCUACAGUGCUUAUGCAGCCCAGCCAGCUCAAGGAUAUGCACAGACCACCCAGGCAUAUGGGCAACAAAGUUAUGGAACCUAUGGACAACCUACUGAUGUCAGCUAUACACAGGCUCAAACAACUGCAACAUACGGGCAGACUGCAUAUGCCACCUCUUAUGGACAGCCUCCAACUGGUUAUACUACACCAACUGCACCUCAAGCUUACAGUCAGCCUGUCCAAGGAUAUGGGACAGGGGCCUACGAUACCACCACCGCUACAGUUACGACUACCCAGGCAUCAUAUGCAGCCCAGUCUGCAUAUGGCACCCAGCCUGCUUACCCCACCUACGGUCAGCAGCCAGCAACUGCGGCGCCUGCAAGACCCCAGGAUGGUAGCAAGCCCGCUGAGACUAGUCAGCCUCAAUCUAGUACAGCAGGCUACAGCCAGCCCAGCCUAGGGUACGGACAGAGCAACUACAGUUACCCACAGGUGCCCGGCAGCUAUCCCAUGCAACCAGUCACCGCAACUCCGUCCUAUCCUCCAACCAGCUAUUCCUCUACCCAGCCGACUAGUUACGAUCAGAGCAGUUACUCCCAGCAGAAUACCUAUGGGCAGCAGAGCAGCUAUGGACAGCAGAGUAGCUAUGGUCAACAGAGCAGCUAUGGGCAGCAGCCCCCCACUAGUUAUCCCCCCCAAACUGGAUCCUACAGCCAGGCUCCAAGUCAAUAUAGCCAACAGAGCAGCAGCUACGGGCAGCAGAGUGCGUUCCGGCAGGACCAUCCCAGUAGCAUGGGUGUAUAUGGGCAGGAGUCUGGAGGCUUUUCCGGACCUGGAGAAAAACCGGAGCAUGAGUGGCCCUGAUAACCGGGGCAGGGGAAGAGGGGGAUUUGAUCGUGGAGGCAUGAGCAGAGGUGGGCGGGGAGGA